CAUUGUUAAAACUUUCUAGGGAUAUAAAUAAGGCCCUGUUGAAAGGAGAGUUAUCAGGCAAAGAAACAAAAUGGCAAGCUUCAAAAUUGUGCUUCCUCUGCUCUUUCUGGGAUUGAUUGAGGCUAAAGCCAUCCAAAACCAAGGACUGACCUACUUUGAUGCCCUGACAAUUGCUGUCACCUCUUACAAUGAAAAGACUGAUGAGAAGAAUUCCUUCUGGUUCACAGCAGCUGAAGCCCAGCCUAAAUGGGACAACCAUUCCAGAAAGCCCCACUAUCUAAGUUUCACUGUGAAAGAGACCACAUGCUUGACAACAGAAAACAUCACUCCUGUAGCAUGUGACUUCAAAGAAAAUGGGAAAGAGAAGUAUUGUCAGGGAAUCAUCAAAGCCAUCAAUGAGAAGGAAGCUGAUGUGUGGGUCAAAUGCGCACCCCUGGCAAGUCAUAAGGUUGUGCGAGCCAAAAGAGAGGUUCCCAAAAUAGUGGGAAAGAUCUUCAAAAAAGUUUUAAAGGAGGCAAUUAAGAUGACCAUUGACGAACUUAGUAAACAAAAGGAAGAUCCUGAUUCUAAGGCUAAUAAAUAAGUAGCCAUAUGGCUAGAGCACUGGGCUUGAAGUUAGGAAGACCCGAGUUCAAAUCUGAAUUCAGAAACUUACUAGCUGUGUAACCCUGGGCAAGUCACUUAAACAUGUU